AUGAUUAUAGAAAUUGAGAUGAUGAAGGAGAGAUUUGCGAAGCUCCUACUCGGCGAGGACAUGUCUGGAGGGGGUAAAGAGGUUUGUACUGCCCUUGUGAGUGUGUAUGGUUCAAACAUGACAAGAACCAACCUGAUAAGAGUUUCUCAGUUGGGAUGUUCUUUACAGACAGUUAAACUCUCCGAAUGUCGAGAUAUCCCUCGCUAUAUGUUCAAUUUCGUAGAAUUUAGCGAAUUGAGGGGCAACUCUGACUACACGAAAUCCUUAUAUGAUAUCAUUGCCGAGGUCAUCAAAAUUGAUGAAGUCGUUAAGUAUGAACGAGAUGGUUUGUUUUGCAAUGACUAUUAA